AUGGCACGUCUUAAAUCGAAAGUGCAUUUUCUUGGGUUCGCUCUUGUCGCCGUCCAGGGCGCUCUGGCGGCGGCAUCGUCCCCAGGAAUCACCCACCAGUCUCCGGAGCGCUCACCUCCUGUUCCCAUUCUUGACACUCUGCCAUUAUACACAACAAGCCAGAUUGGCGCCCGGGACUCACCGAAUCCCUUUGGUAACUUCUUUGGAAAGAGGCAGCGCGAGGAGGACGAGAAUGGUGGUCUUCUAUGCAAAAAUGGACCCUGCCCCGACCACAGUUGUUGCGGUCCUGCGGGAGUUUGCGGCUACGGUCCAGACUUUUGCGGUGAUGGUUGCACCAGUAACUGUGACGCCGUGGCUAUGUGUGGCAACUUCUCCGACGGUGGAAACACUAAGUGUGGCAUGAACCUAUGCUGUAGUUGGGGUGGAUGGUGUGGAACAUCUGAGGUUCAUUGCAUCGGUCCAAACAAAUUCACACCAUGCCAGGAAGAAUUUGGCUCAUGCGAGAUCAUCCGGCCCAACACGUGCGGCGAGGGCUCUGGUUCGACAAUGGGACGAACAGUAGGAUACUAUCUGGCUUCUAACAGUCGAGAUCGUCUGUGCAACCGUAUCGAGCCCAAGCACAUUAAGGCCGAGGACUACACUCAUCUCUUCUUCUCAUUUGCUUCAAUCGACCCCAAUACAUUCAGGAUCCGCCCCUGGGACGCUGCCGACAUCCCGCUCAUGGAGGCUUUCACGGCUCUCGACACCGAGACCUGGAUUGCUGUUGGCGGUUACACAUUCAGCGACAAGGGCGACACACACAACCUGGAGCGACAUGCCUUCAUCCAGUCCACAGCCGAAUUCAUGGACAAAUACGGCUUUACCGGAGUUGACCUCGACUGGGAGUAUCCCGUAGCCGAAGUCCGGGGCGGAAGAAAGGCCGACACGGACAACUUUACCAAACUCCUCAAGGAGAUGAGAGAGGCGUACGGAACCCGAUACGGCAUCAGUCUUACCCUUGCUCCGGACUACUGGUAUCUUCGAUACUUUGACGCAGCGGCUAUGGAACCAUAUGUCGACUUCUUCGGCUUUAUGGCUUACGAUUUGCAUGGAUUCUGGGAUUCCGACGUCGAAGCUCUAGGUUCCCUGGUGCGCGGCCAGGCGGAUGUGCGGGAGAUCUACAAUGUAACUGUUAACACCCUGCCUCUGUGGUACGCCGGCUUGAACCCGAGCAAACUCAACUUUGGCCUCGCCUGGUACGGACGAGGAUACACUCUGUCAGACCCCAGUUGCAAUGAGCUCGGAUGCCCUUUUGCCGGGCCCAGCAAGCCUGCUGAGUGCACCAACUCAGAGGGAGUCAUGUCGCUCACUGAGAUCAAGAAACUCAUUAAAGAAAAGAACUUGACGCCGCGCCUCAACACCCAGUCUAUGAUGAAGGAGCUCGUCUGGGAUGACCAAUGGAUCGGUUACGACGAUGAGGAAACGCACGAGAUGAAGCGGAAAUUUGCCAACAACCUCUGCUUCGGUGGUACCAUGGCCUGGUCUGUAGAUUUCAACUCGGGUACUGGCGACUCCGACAGCGCUCCCAUCUCCACCGACGGAAGAUGUGGUACUGGCUUUGGCGGUACCAAGUGCGAGGGCAGCACAUAUGGCGACUGCUGCUCCGUGGCGGGCUACUGCGGAGGCAGCGAAGCGCACUGCGGUUCUGGUUGCCAGAGCGGAAAGUGUCUCGUAGGACAGGAGACGACCGACGGAACCUGCGGCGCUGGCCACCACAACUCUUUCUGCGGCCUCUGGCCACAAGGCAGCUGCUGCUCAUCGUCGGGCUACUGCGGCGACACUGAGGCUCAUUGCGGAACUGGAUGCCAGAGCGGUGCUUGCUCCGGGCAGCCGUCGAACGGCGGUGGCUCUGGACCUGUGUACAUCGGACCCGAGGUCUACAACGACGCGAACCCGACCGCGUUUUGCUACCCACCGUGUACACUUAUCAUGCCACCAUUCUCGCUCGGCUCGCCUACGACCAUCUCUCGACCGCCCGUCACAGUUACCUACAUCGACAGCUGGGAUACAACCAGUGUGACGACCAGCACCGUGAUUACGAUCCCUCCAGUCACAACGACCUUUAUCGAGGUGUGGAAUGUCAUAUGGGUAGAAGGCGACAACAACGACAAUGGCGACGACGACGAAAUCAUUGUUGGCCUAACCUCGAGUGUAGUUUUCCCUGCCGUCACACUCACCAGGACUAGAGACUCAGCGCCACUGGAAACAUGGACAUACUCGCCUGGGCCUUGGCCCACGGUCGAUCCGGAUAGUGACACCCCUAUUCCUCCUCCACCUCCUCCUCCGGGCCGUCCUUCAUCCAUCACUGGCCGCCGAGGCCCCCCCAAGCCGACUUGCAAGGCCGGCGAUCACUGUGGAAGUCCCUGCAAGGUCAAUUGUGGCGGCGGCGGCGGCGGUGGUGGCGGCGGUGGAGGUGUGUGUAUAGGAAUUUGCGGCUGCAUUGGCCCUAGGUGCAAUACACCCAACAGCAACUGCGUCGGCCCAGGGUGCCCCAACGGUGGUGGUGGAGGCGGCGGCGGCGGCGGUGGUGGUGGUGAUCCAAACGAUCCAGAUGAGGAAGAUGAAGAGGAGUGCACCACGAGAACCGUCACCGACGUCUGGGUUUCUUGCGACGCUCAGCGAACGACUUCGUGCACAACCCUUUCAACCUCUCUGGUCAGCGAAUGCUCAGCCAGGCCGGUGACAACGACCACGACGGGUGGAAACUGUCCAGCGCCUACCUAUGACGCAGAACUGCAGGACGUGCACGACCCAUUGCCAGCUGGUGUCAGCCACACGCAGGGAACGACGGUGUUCUCAGGAACCACCAUCACCACCUGGGGCUGGAACCGGAACCCACUGGGCGGCACCAGGCCAUGGGGUGGUGCAGGUGGAGGACAGGGUUCGCCCACCACCGCUGAAGUUAUCCCAACGCUGUCUGGAUUACCGACAUUGCCAGGCGUUGGUGAUGAUGCCGCAUAUACUGGACCAGGCUGUGGCUCCUACACGACGACCAAGAUCUGCAACGGCAGUGGAGGGCGGGAAGUGUGCAUCGAUGGUAAGAUCUGCGUGGCCUCGGCCCCUCCUUGCCCGGCGUGGCCGACCAAAGGAACGCCGUUGUGCCCGUCUGACUACCCCAUUUGCCUCAAACCCACAACGGUACCGCAAUGUGCAAUCCAAGGGAGGGAAACUGGCGCGCCCACUGCCCCAGCAGAAGUAGAGGCGAUGGUGACCGAGGCGCCCACCUUGCCUACCCCGGCCAACCGUGACUCCCAACGCCAACAAGCGGAAGACUCGGCAGCUCCAGAGAAAGUGCACGAUUCCAAUGCUGAGGAUGAUAGCAACAUUAACUCUGCGCCGGCCCCAGCCGCAGUGGAAGAAGACGAUACGAGCAUGAACAAUAGCACAGGGUUGGUAGCGCGUUCGCAGCUUCUUGGAGUCAGGCAGAGCUCGGCCUCUGGCUGCGGCGGUCCCGAAAACGGUGGCUGCACGGUAGUCAACGUGUGCGCAGUAGGUGCCUGCGCUUUCACUGAGAGGGUAUCUUGCGUGCAAGCGUUCGUACACAUCAAGAUGCACCCGAUCAAUAUCGAAGUGUCGCUGGACAUCUAUGAAGAUGGAAAAUCUGUGUGUUCCGUAUCUGUCAAGUGCCUGACCAUUAACUCGCCCGACUGCCUCGAGAAGGAGGCUGAAGGCGAGUUUGACUGUGGUAACGGUAACAAGAUCGCCGCUUGGGAGAACGGACUAUCGACUGUCGAUUAUGUCUCAAGUAAGACUGACGGCCGCCACUACAAGUUGUACCUUGGCCAAGAUGGUGGAGAUGAUAAAUACCCCUGCUCGAUCACGGUUCGUUGGUGGGCACUCUGCAUCGACAGCGAUUGGUCUGCUUCGCAGGGCCUUUGCGGCUCUUCAUCUUUACUUGACGCUCCCCCACGACGGCGGUCUCUGGAUUCUCCUGCCAAGAUGAUAGAGCUUUCGCUAUGA